CCUGGGCAUUCUACAACCUCUUCUAGAGCUUCUCUCUUCUAACCAGGCAGGCAGAAUUAACACCCGGUUUAUUGCAAAUUCAGUAUCACCAAUAUCAAAUAAGCUCCGCCGUCUGUCAAUUCCCAGCUUCCACCUUUUGGCUCCUUGCGCUUCUUCAUCUCAUCUUUGCACUUUUGUGAAUUUUCCCGUUUGGAUCGUUGUUUCUUGUGAAAAGAGAAGUUGAACUGCCGCGACCGAUGGAUUCUAAAGAACCAAACAAGUACUCAUACGCAGAAAAAAAGAAGGCUGCAAUGCAGCUUAAACGGCGUGAUACGCAGAGCCAAAUAUCUGCUCGUAGAAGGGAAGCGAUGUUGCUGUCGCGACGUAUGAGAAGACAAAAUUUUGCAAAGCACAACCUUCUUGAAAGUCCGAUUGUUGCUGUCCUAGAGCAGGCAACAUCAUCUUGGGACAAAGCAGAAUUUCUAAAACAAACUACUCUUACCAUACGAGAACCUCCUUCCCUUGCGGAAAAAGCUACCAGCCAUCAAGCUUGCGUGAGUACAUCGCGGGAUAAUUUAGAAAAAGGAAAGGGUAUAUUGGAUCCCCCUAUCAUUCGUGAAACAGCUGUCAGUCUUCAAAGUUGCACGACUAGAGUCAUGGAUAAUCCAGAAAAAGGAAAGCGUAUAUUGGAUCCCCCUAUUAUUGUAAACCUGCCUUUACAUUGUAUUUUUUUUAGAAUGACAUUGUUUGUACAUUAUUAUAAUUUGUGACUAUUUGUAUUUUAUGGUCCGCAUCGGAUACAUCUAACCUGCCUCCUGUUUCGUUGAACGCUGUUCCAAUCAAAGGUUUGCACAAACUUUUUAUUA